AUUUAUUAAGCAAUAUUUAAAUAAAAAUUUUAUAUACAUGCAAAUGUAUGCCAAUUUAUUUGUAUAUUAGGUGUUUGCAAAUAUAUUUUAAUUAAAAUAUUUUUUAAAAUAAAAAUAUGCAGCCCAAUUGCUCCAAAAGCACUGAAAGUAUUUAUUCCACUACAAGUUCUAAAUGUUCGGCUAGUGCAGCUUAUGCUAGACCAUCAAAUUUCCACAUGAGGAAAACAGCUGGUAUACUAAAUGGGAACGUGGGUUCUCGUUCAGGUGAGGUUAGGCAACGAGUUCUUUCAGCCAAAAGAUUGAGAUUGAAGACCCUACAAAAUCAAUUAGCUGAUGCUCAACUUCAUAUAGCGGAACUUGCUCAAGAAAACCGAAUAUUACGUACCUUAGACAAGAGACAAGCGAAUGCUCUUUCUAAAUAUGAGAAUACCAAUGCUGAACUUCCGCAAUUAUUGCAUUCACAUGCUGAAGAAAUAAGAGUGUGGCAAAAGAAAUAUAAAAAUUUGCAAAAUCAAAAUAAAGAAUUAGCUAUGAGAUUGAAACAAAAGGACGACAUCUUAUUAAAUUUAAGCGACCAAAAUAAACAUUUAACCCAAUUAAAUAACGACAAAAAUUUAGAGGAACGUGAACGUUUAACCGAAAGGCUUAAUUAUUUAGAACAAAAACUCAAUGAAAAGGAAAAUGAGAUGAAAUUAAUGGCACGAAAAUUGCAACUAGAAAAAAAAAGUUUUAAGAAUCAAUUGCAAUCUGAGCAUUCAAAAUAUAAAGAUCUGUUAACGCGUUUAGAAAAAACGAAAACCGAACUUACAGGUCUAACAAAACUUGACCCACUCGGGAUUGCAGACAAAUUAGCGAAAGUAUCUAUUUUACCUAAACCUAUCAAGAGCAAGGAAAGAAUAAUGGAUUACAAAAAUAAUGACAAAAAUUUAUUAGGAGCUCCGGUUAUUAACGAAAUUCUCGAUGAACAUAAUUUUACACUUAAUAAAAUGGGAAGUAAAAAAACAACAAAUGAAAGUAUAAAAGAAAAACCUAACUGCAAAACUAAUAUUCAUAAACAAAGAAAUAGAUCUCUCAGUCCUCGAUCGGAGAGGGAUACUGAAAUUAGCACUCCAUCACCAAUAACAAUGCGUAGGAAAUCUAGCCUUGAUAGAAAAAAACCUUGUAACGAUAAGCAAAUUAAACGGAAAACUAUUGAAAAUGCUUUUGAAAUGAAUAUAGAAUCGUUAAAAAGUGAAUAUGAUGAUGUUUCUGUAAUAAGUUCAAAAUUGAACGCAAAAGAAUAUUCAAGAUGGAGAGACGAUGCAUCAGAUCUACAAAACGAAAUUAAUGACGAAUAUGAAAAUGAUAACUACAAGGAAUAUGAUUAUAAAAAUUCAUUUGAAAAUGAUGAAAACAAUGAGGACGAUUUAAUCUAUAACGGAUAUGGUGAUGCUGAUUACAAUGAAGAAGCUGAUAUUGAUACGUCAAACUAUGUUUCAAAGGGAAAUAAAGAUUUAACAGACAUUAAAAAACAAAUUAUGGAUGAUUAUGAAGAUAGAGAAAAAUUUUUGGACACAUUUUGCCGCGAUUCCUCUUCAGAUGCUUUAAACUAUAUAAAUCAUGAUUUAAAGAAAUCCAAUAACGUUGACUCUAAAAAAAAAAACAAACUUUUGGCAGCUUUAAAAGCCAUAGAUGAGAAUGGAAGCAAAGAUUCUACUUAAA